AUGGAAAGACCAUCCAAAAUUGGAUACCUUAGCGGUGUUUCGUUACUGGUUUCUUCGAUGACAGGGCCAGGGUUGGUGACAGGAUGGAUAACAUCUAUGAUAAUCAUAAUUCUGGUUGUAUUUUUAUCGUCAUCUGCUGCUUUAUUAUUAUGUGAAGCAAUUGGAUCUUUGCCCGAUAACGAAAAAUUCACGGAAAGAAUAGAAUAUUCCAAUCUUUGUGCGACCCUGAUAACAGAUAAAUAUAAACGUGCAUUUAUCCAAAUAAUAGUGUAUUUGGCAAUUGAAUCAUUUAUAAUUGCUUCGAUUAUCCUUUCAGCACAAUCUUUGGACAGUUUAUAUAUUACACUAUUUGGUGUUACUUGUGGAGUUGGUAUAUAUCCGGAUUCUGGAUGGUUAUGUAUUAGAGAAUUAGGUGAUGAGGCCAGCCCAUUUGGAGAGCGAUGGAUGUUUUUAACCGCUGGAUUUAUGCGAAUUCCCAUUAUUGGAGAAAAUCAAAGUCAAGCAGUGGGAAUCAUACUGUUUAACUAUGCUUUUAUAGUUACUGUUCCAAGUCUUGCUAAUGAAUUGGAAGAAGAUGGAUCUAUUCGAAAAAUUGUCUAUACCUCUGUAGCGAUUUCUACAUUUGGUUAUAUUUCCUUGGGAAUCCUUGGUGCAAUGGCAUUCGAUUUAGAUUUAUCAACAAACAUAAUAUCCUCUAUCCGACAAUCAGAAUUAAGGAACAAUAUACUUGGAUUUUCUACUUACUUAUUUCCAUUUAUAUUACUUAUUAGCUCCGGUUAUUGGUUAAAUGUAUUUACCAAUUGGACGAGUUUGUUUUUUAUAAGUUCCGCAAAUUUUAUAAUUCCGUUCUGGAUGUAUAUCCUUAGUAGAAGAAAACAAGAAAAAGAAAAAUGGCAUGGUGUAGAAGAAAUAACUCAUGUCAAACGUGCCAAACAGUUUAGAGCUUUUUUUCCUAAAGGUACUAUGGAAUGGUUUGGAUUAUUUUAG